CAGACCAAAUCACCAAGGCGAGCUUGAUUUUCACACAAUAUUUUCCGAGGACGGAACGAUGCAGGCCCUGCUGUGUUUGUCAACAGUGCGAAAUUCGUAGCGGCCGUUAUUAUACUUUUAACGAUAUGGAAGUGAUUUCAACAGGGACUUCUAGAUUAUUUUUAACUUCUUCAGUUGAAAAUAAAGACGAUUUAGAAGAGAAAUUCGAAAGAAGUUACCAAUUUCUACUCAGUACAACAGCUGGAUUAAGUGAUAAAGAUGCACACGAGGCUCUCAACAAGGCACUUUUGAAAGAAAAAGGUUAUGAAGAAAUAUCUUUUGGACUUUUGGUUACAAUUUUAACAGAACCCCAUAAUGCACCUAAAAGUUAUAGGGAUUUAACGUUAAUAACUCGUGACGGGUUUGGACUAAUAGUUACAAAUUUAUCGCAAUUAGUGUUUGACAAAUAUUUACGAUUUAAUGAUGUGGUAAAACAACAGUUAAUAUGGCUCUUAAGGGAAAUGAUAAAAAAUGCAGUGAGCAAUGUGGACACUUUGGUGUGGAAUUUGAUGAGGCAUGCAGCAGGAGGUGAUGUAUCCCCAAAAAAUAUUACGCUUAUUGAAUCCCUUCUUGAUGUUUUUAUAGAAUAUAGAAAUUGGUUAGAAAAAUUUCCAGUUUUAAUAGCAUCUGUUGUUUAUACAUAUUUAAGACUAAUAGAAGAUCACAAUGCGCCUUAUCUAACAAAUUUGAGACAGAAAGAAGUCAACUUUUUAAUAAGUAUUAUGAGAGAACAUUUCCAGGAUUGUCUGGUUAUUGGAAGAGAUUUAGUUCGGCUUUUACAAAAUGUAGCAAGACUUACAGAAUUUGAACAAUUAUGGAAAGAUAUUUUACUGUCACCAAAGACUUUAUCCCCCAAUUUUACUGGGGUUUUGCAACUAUUACAAACUAGAACUUCGAGGAGAUUUUUACAGUCGAGAUUAACACCAGAAAUGGAGAGAAAACUUGUCUUUUUAACUUCCCAAGUAAGAUUCGGCCACCAUAAACGCUACCAGGACUGGUUUCAGCGGCAGUACUUAGCUACUCCCGAAUCGCAAAGCCUCCGAUGUGACAUAAUACGUUUUAUAGUUGGUGUUAUACAUCCUACAAAUGAAUUACUGUGUUCAGACAUCAUACCUAGGUGGGCAGUCAUUGGAUGGCUGUUAACAACAUGUACAUCAACUGUAGCUGUAUCUAAUGCAAAAUUGGCACUCUUUUAUGAUUGGUUAUUUUUUGAUAGCGAAAAAGAUAAUAUUAUGAAUAUUGAACCUGCUAUACUAGUUAUGCAUCAUUCUAUGAGGUCACAUCCAGCAGUUUCUGCUACACUGUUAGAUUUUUUGUGCAGAAUUAUAGCAAAUUUCUAUCCACCUUUAGAGGAUAAAGUGAGGGCAGGUAUAUUCACUUCACUGAGACAAAUAUUAGAUAAACGAGUAUUACCUUCAUUGCUGCCUUUAUUUGAUAACUCAAAACUGGAUAGGGAUCUUAGAAGUAUGGUACAAGAAACAUUCAGAGAAUUUUGUACGGCAAUACCUUUCGAAUCAUCUUCAAAAGACAUGUUAAAUAGUCCAAAUUCAGUGAAAUAUGAGGAAAAUGAAUCUGUGUCACUACUCAACAACCAUAUUAUGGAUAGUGAACCAGCAUUUAGUGAUGAUGAGGAAGAACCAAGCUUAAGAAUAAGUACGACUUUAGCAUAUGAUACAGAUGAAGAAGAUGAUUUACCGUUAUCAAAAGUCAAGUUAAAAGAAAAAAAUAAAUCAGAAGUAUUUAUAGAAGGUCCAAUAGGGGAAACACUUCAAAAGUUACAACACGAAACUGAUACUGAUGAGAGAAAUGAUCUAAUGGAAAAGUUAAUUGGACAAGUGAUGGACUUGGAUGAAGAUGAUGAAAAUUUACCAGCUGUAGCCAAAUGUUUGGUCAAUUCUAUAAAAGAUGAGGUGAAGGGAGAGAUAUUUCCAGAUGUACUGACAGAAGAAAAUCUCAUGGAUAGUAUGAAAUCUCCAUUAUUCACUUUAUUCAAAACUUUAUAUGGUUUCAGUAAAGAUGAAUUGGGCAAAGAUGUACUAUAUAAAGUUAUAGCAGAAAUGCACAAUGAAUUACCGAAUCUUGGUUACCUUAUCAUUUAUUACCUCAAAGCGAAAAUUUGGAAGGAAAACAAAAAAGAAGAUCAUUCCGUUGCUAGUGCACUCAAGAUUAGUGUAUACAAAGACUUUUGCCAGAGCAUAGAAAAGAAAGUAGAUAUUUGUUUAUUCGAUGAUUUAUUUGCAUGCCAUCACAGUGAUACUAAAUUGAUGAUGUGGAUAGUGCCAGACCUGUAUAGAGACUUUAAACAACAAACAGUUAAUAAUGCUCAAAUAUUGCGGGUAAUAAUUUCAGCAAUAGAUCCACGGCAGUUACAAACGUUAGUGGGGAAAGUACUUCAGGGUCAUCUAAUGAUGUUUAAGCAAGAAACCAUCAUACCUCUAUUGAAAGCAAGCUUGCAAUGGGAAAGUAUAGAACAGUUCUUCCUGUGGCAACUUGUAAACGCCCACAAUAUAUCCAUAGACACUGUUUUACCAUUAAUAACUGAAUUAGACUAUGAUCUGCAUGCAGAGGCAUUAACGGCAGUCACUCUUAUGUUAAAAAUGGAAAAACCAAAUGCAGAUUACAUCAAAUCUUUAUUUUCUAGGGACAUUUGUGAUAACGGUGAUUUAUUUGUGUUUACAAUUAUUAAAUUUUGGUGUGAUGAGUAUAUAGACAAAGUAGCUGAACUAAUUUCAUCUUUAUUAAGCACAAGGUAUCCAUCAACUUCCCCUAAUAAACGGAAAAGAUCUAGUGCGAGUAAAACAUUAAGUGCUACUGUGCCUAGUGCCGAUCAAGUUCUUGGACACUUGGAAAAACUGAGGAUUAUCUGUGAAAAACAUGACUGUAUGGCAAUUUACACACUUGACUCGAUGCAAAGGGCGCUUAGCAUCGCUCAUAAUAACAGCAAUGAUAGCCAAAGGAAACAAUUUAGUGAAUUGUUUGCACUUAUGGAAGAAGAAGAGGAAGUUAGUGCCACCAAGAGAUCGCAAGGAAGAGGUAGGAAACCUGCUAAUAAAAAUACUGUUGUUAAAAGGCAAAUUGUAAGGGAAAUAUCAGAUACUUCAGAAGAAACUAGUGAAGAGGAAGAAAUUGUGAAACCAAAACAACCGAAGAAAAGAAAAAAAGUGAUGUCUGAUAGCGAUUGACGGAAACAAUCCAUUUACGUGCAAAUCGCUUAUCUAUUCACUAUGCCCUCCUGUUGUGGGAGAGGCGGCUCGUUCUUAGAAGAUACGAUCGCUGAAGUGAAGAAAACACUGCCCAUGCCUCCUAUCAAAACCUAAGGCAAUAAGAUGUCUUGAAAAAAAAAACACCCCUAAA